CCAGAGGUCGGCUGCGAGGAAGGAACGGGGGAAGCGGGCAGCUGGGAGAGCCGCGGAGGGCGGCAGAGCUGGCCCUGCACGCCGGGGACUUCACCCUCCGGAGCGGCCGUUACGUUAGGUGAGGGGCGCGGAGUGAACGAGUUGCGGUCCCAGGCCCCUAGUCCGGUAGCAGCGGAUCUAAAGAGGGCUGACCCACACGGAGGGACGACCGAACCGGAGUCAUGGCCACACCAUUCCUGACGGCGGGGGCCACCACGGGCCACAGCGGUGGAGAGCUGAGCUCCGGGGAGGACUCUGGCGAUGUGGGGUCGCCCCAGACCCCCGAGACCGAGGCGUCCAGGAACCUGACCGAGCUGUUUGAGAAGGCUGCCGCACACCUCCAAGGCCUGAUUCAGGUGGCCAGCAGGGAGCAGCUCUUGUACCUGUAUGCCAGGUACAAGCAGGUCAGAGUUGGAAAUUGUAAUACUCCUAAACCAAGCUUCUUUGAUUUUGAAGGAAAGCAAAAAUGGGAAGCAUGGAGAGCUCUUGGUGACUCAAGCCCCACCCAAGCAAUGCAAGAAUAUAUCGCGGUAGUUAAAAAGUUAGACCCAGGUUGGAAUCCUCAGACAUCAGAGAAGAAAGGAAAAGAAGCAAAAUAUGGUUUUGGUGGGCCUGUUGUUAGUUCUCUAUAUCAUGAAGAAACAAUCAGGGAAGAAGACAAAGACAUAUUUGAUUACUGCAGGGAAAACAACAUUGACCAUAUAACCAAAGCCAUCCAAUCAAAAAGUGUGGAUGUGAAUAUGAAAGAUGAAGAGGGCAGAGCUCUACUCCAUUGGGCAUGUGAUCGAGGACAUAAGGAUUUAGUCACAGUUUUGCUACAAUAUAAAGCUGAUGUUAAUUGUAAGGACAAUGAAGGUCAAACAGCACUUCACUAUGCCGCUGCCUGUGAGUUUUUGGAUAUUGUGGAGCUGCUGCUCCAGUCUGGUGCUGACCCAGCUCUCCGAGACCAAGAUGGCUGCAUGCCAGAAGAGGUGACAGGCUGCAAAGCAGUUUCUCUGGUGCUACAGCAGCACAUGGCUACCAAGGCUUAAUCAAAAGCCUGGAAAACCAGUCUAAUAUAGGUUAGGGCUUCAAGGAUGAAAGAAAACUGAAGAAAUAAUCCUUCUUUCACCACUCAUCUUUGGUAUGCAUUGGCUAAUAAAAUCAGUUCUGAGGAGCUGGGAUUUUGAAGUGUCAGCAAUUCAUUCUACAUGCAUACAUUCUGAGAAGUACAGUUUUGGUGAUGAACAUGUAUACUGUGCAUAAUAUAAUCCAAUUCUGCCAAGCAUGCUCUGAAAUUUAUCACUGUUCUAGACGGUGGGGAAAGGAGAAGACAGAUCAUAUUUCACAAUAUUAAACAUGGCUCUCUUUUAGAAAACACAAAGAAGAAAAUGUGCCCAACUGCACUGCCCUAACUGAGAAAGUUUCAUGCAACCCUAACCACACAGAUCAAAUGAUCUUGUAGCAUUUUCUAGGAAGCUAAAAUGUUUAUUCUUUUCGCAGACAAAAUUGGGAAGGAGAGAAGGAAGAAAGGUCCUAAGAAAAAGAAAACAAAAGAGAAAAUGCAGAAUUUUGUCAGAUUAGGGUAUCAAAGCAUGGCAACAACCAAAGUUACUAGAAACCUAAAAACCUUGAGCAUUUUAGGUUAAUAUUCAGUAACUUUAUUUUAAAACUGAAAUAAUUCUGGAGAAUUCACCAGUUAGGUCAAGAUUCCUGAAAUUUGCCUUUACAAAAUGAGAGAGGAAUUUUGUAGUAUACAGCUCUAGUCUCUGUGAACAAAGCUCAGGCCUGAAUUUCCAGGCUUGUCUAGGUUUACCUAAUAGUUAACGCUGAAGAAUUUAUAUAGAAGAGCUUCAGCUUUGUAUUUAAAAUGUAGGCAAAUAUGGUACAGUUUCUGUUGCACACUUGUCUGUCUUUAAAUAGAAACUGAUGUGCCUCUGGAAAAAGGCUUCCUCUAUUUUCCCCUUUAAGCCUCAAGGACUCCAUCUGAAGAAUUCAUUGAGAUUCUUGCAAGAAAAAUAGUUGUCCUAGGAGAGGUGAAAUAAAAUGAGUUAAGAUACACACAUAACUAUUUAAAUUUUUUUCUAACAAGUGUUACUGUUGAGAUAGCCCUCAACAGUGGACCAAAUUUUCAUUAGCUUGAGUUAACCUGUCCUUCUAGAACAAACCCCCAUAACAGAAAUGAGGCAUAUUAACUUUGCUUGUUUUGUGACUUUUCUAUCCUAACUUCUUGCUUUCUGAGAUGAAACCAAAACUACUCACCAAGACUAUUCAAUUUUUAAAUAACUUGUAAUCUGUUUAUGGAAGUGAUAUGCAUGUUAGCACAUACUGAAAUGUAAUUCUAAUAGAACAUUCUCUAUGUCUGUUCUUUUGCCACAAUCCCAGCAAAACUGCACCUUACUAUUUAGGUAAACUCAUUCAUGUUCCACAUUAAUCAAAUGGUUCAAGAAACUAUGCAUUAAUUACAGUAAAAAUGACCAACAUGUUACAUGCAGUUUAUUUUUUGUUUUUCAAUGCCAGGAAUUGAACCCAGGGCUUGAUGCCUGCUACACAAGUGUUAUAUCACUGAGCUACAUCCCCUGCCCUUUUUAUUUUGUGACAAGUUCUCACUAAGUUGCCUAGCCUGGCCUUGAGCUUGUGAUUGUUCUGCCUCAGCCUCCCAAGCUUGGAUUAUGGGCACAGACCACCACAUCCACCUAUGUGCAGUUUUUAUUAUUAUUAUUUUGUGCAUUUUAAGACAUUAAUCAAAAAGAUUCACUUCAAAUGUACAGAGUAGUUAUCUGGGCAAGAAUCUAUGCAGGAACUCUUUAUUUUUUCAUCCUUUUUCAAUUUGACCUUGAUAUUUCUUAGGAAAGUUCUUUAUUUCCUGUUUUACCACAUUUAAAACUAAUAGGAUAUAUUAAACAAAGAUUAUAGCUUGGUUUUUUACUCAUUUUAUUUUAAAGGUUUCAAUUUUACAUUCAAGGCUAUGACUAAAAAACAUCAAUUUAACAUUUACAAGUGCAUUCUAAGUCAGUUUCCAAAAUCUCUGUUAUCUUGUCACCAGGAUCUGAAUUUUCAAAAACCUUUCUAUCUCAUAAUAUACUAUAGAUUAUCUCUUGUGCUUUAUGAGGAUUUUAUCCAUAAAUGUCAGGGAACAUUAAAUCUUUGAAUUAUUGAUUUAUUAUGCUAGUAUCUUAUGUCAGCCAGAUCCUGAGUUCAUUGACAAAAGAUGGGAUACAUCUCACUACCAAUGAUACAUUUCCUGAAACAGAAAGCCAGCUAGCUGAUGACAUAUGGGGCACCGUGUUUUCAUAUAGUUGAGCAGGAUAGAACCAGUUGAUACCUUAAAUAGAGUAAGUUUGAUGUUGUUGUUGUAUAAGUCCUGGACAGAUUAGUAAUGUUCAAGCCAAUUUGUAUCAGAAAAUUUCAUAGAAAACUUUUCUGAAGGGGUUAAUUUUUUGCUUAAAGACCAUCCAGAACUUUAUGUAUCAGCAUUUUUAUCUUUUAAUGUUUACUGGUUGGAAUUUAAUUUCCUUGGCUCAAACUCUUAAUUUGAUAUUUUCAGUACAUAUGAACAUUUUAAACAUUGAGUUGCUUAUCUAAUCUCUUAUUAGAAACUGGUUGGUGAGAGGACUCAAAGUGAUGGGUAACUGAAGACAUAUGUGCCACAUUUGAUAGCGUUUUCUAAACUGCAAACAUAGAGACUUACUACUCUUAUUUUCAGUUCUCUUCCUUUUAUUGUCUUGUGCUGAUUGCUACCUAUAUAGAUACGUCUACACAUAAGAAUGUAUUUAGCCCCAUUUUCCCAUGCCCUUAAAAAAAAGCAGAUUAUAACUUUUCUUUGUCUUCAUUUUCUUUCCUGAAGAUACUGUGAUCAGAAUACACUGAUGUCUAAUAUUUAUUCAUGAUAGCCAUUACUUUUCUCUCUACAUACUGAUCGAAGAGGUAAGGAUUGCUUUCAUAGUAGUACUGUUGCACACAAUAGUGAAAAGAAAAUUCAUGUAAAUAAAUAUCAAAGAAAAGGCAGAGUAUCCGACUCUUAUCUUCAGAACCCUUGCUUGAGUUUAACUUUUUUUUCUCUCUUUGGAGUGUAGGGAUAGAAACCCAGGCCUUGUGUGCAUUAGACAAGCACUCUGCUGUUAAGCUAUACCCGGAGGCCUACUUGUGUCUAACUUGCUGUUCUUAAUUAAGCAAGUUCCAGAUCACUUGGAAAAGUUACGAACUCUUUCCUCCACAGCAGUGCUGUAUCUGAAAUUUUGAAGAGUUCACAGGUCUCCUGAAGCCACGGACACCAUGGGGAAUCUGUGGAUCUCAUUCAGAGCCUUUUUUCCUGCACUUUGUCACAGCAUUUUAAGAAUGAGGAACCUUUUGCUGACUUAUACAAUUCUUACAGUUUUAAGAUAAUAUAUGUGGCGCUGCCAUGCCUACUUGAAGGAAUGGGACACACUUUUUUUUUCAAACCACUGGGAAUCUUUAAAGAAGCACUGGCUGAGAAGUUGGAUUUUGAUCUGUUUUAAUUUCUCAUUCUGCAACCGAACAGAAAUGAGCCCACAUACUCAAUUCUGUGUGAUUAGUGAAGCCUUAGUACGUGUGUUUAACAUUUUUGAUUUUUUCAGAAUGCUUUCACACACAUAAUUUAAUCUAUCACCAUCCCUAUAAAAUAAAGCAAGUGUUAUUGAGGCUGCUUAUAUGAAGAAGAAUCAGAUA